CCCUGCCGUCGAUAACGAAACCACGCAAACAUAUAAAUAGCAGUGAUUAUUGUAUCGUGGCUUCAGACCAACUUGAGAGAGACAAGAAUGAAGACCUUGUGCCUGCUCGUUGCCCUAGGGGCUCUGAUUGCUGCCACAUACUCCCAGACCACAAGCACCCCUCCCCCAACCCCUGCUGAUUGGUUUGAAUGCCCUGAACCUAGCGGCUUCUUCGCGCAUCCUUAUGACUGUGUCAAGUACUUUGUGUGCACCAACAACCUGGCUUGGCUCCUGAGGUGCCCGCCCGGCCCCAACGGCGACCUAUAUUUCGACGCUGAGAAGAAGGAGUGCAACUUCGCUGACCAGGUCACCUGCCUAGCCACUCCUACCCUCAAGAGCAUGUAAAAACUUGACAUAAUCCUGACAACGAACAUCUCAGCAUAAAUUAUUUGGAAUAAAAUUGGACGUGAUUGAAAA